AUGAUGGAGAAUAUCAGAAGAUUGAUAUACAUGACAAAACCGUUUCUUGAAUCGAAAACAAGAAAACUUUAUUUUCUUUUUGAAGCUAUAAUUUUUGUGCAAAAUAAUAUUACUAAUUUAAAAUUGUUUACACAUAAAUCUUCGCAUAAAUAUAAUUGGUUAUUAACAUGA